GACUGCGCGCAAUUUUUGAACGUUAAUUGGCCUCUGCUGGUUUGAGCUGGACAGAUCCUCGCCGUUGUCUCUAUCCUGUUGGAUUUUACGCAAUUUUUUGGCACCGUUACCUGAGAUUUUUUUCUGUGUAUUGUUUUUUUUUUACACUUUUAACGCCACAAGAAACCUGUCAGCAAUGGCAGACUGGAAGUCGCAGAUAAGCUACAACUACAACCCCUCAUACCAUGCCUACGCCUACGGCCUCGUGUACCAACCCGGGCCCGAGCAAAACCACGGGAACAUGGCCAGCUGGGGCGAAGCUGGGGUCACGGAUUUGAGCAACUACAACCCUGGCGUGACGCAGGCCUAUUAUGCUACCACCGCCAGGACCCGGGAAGAGUCCCCACCUCACAGUCCGGAGCAGCACUACCAGGGCACCGGGGUUGUCUACCUCGGUGAUAACCCGGGAGGCCGUCUGCUCCUGGCUGGACCGCACCGGGCUGCAUACGACUCACGGGAACAUGAGGCCAGGCGGGCCGGGAGCGAUUCAACCAGCGACUCGGAGGCGCACACCUCUCCAGAUUCAUGGAGUUCUGGCAGCAGCAGAGAGAGCAGUCUCCCCCAGGCCGACCCGACUACAUGGGCGAAUAAAGACCUGGACGACGAGACAAGCAGCAGGAGCCCUGAUGCCAGCGAAGAUGUUUCCAGCUCCCUCGUGGAGGAGCCACGGGUCUUUGUGGAGAGCGCUACAAUCACCUCUCUAAACGUACCUUUAACCGCCCCAAAGAAGUCAAGCACUACUGGCGUCAAUAACCCUAAAGCAAAGGUCCGGGCAGCCUUCUCUGAGACUCAGAUGAAUACUCUUGCCCAGCGCUUCAGUGUGCAGAGGUACCUCACCCCUGCUGAAAUGAAAAACCUGGCAGAACUGACGGGGCUUACCUACAAACAGAUUAAGACUUGGUUUCAGAACCGAAGGAUGAAGCUAAGGAGACACCAGAAAGAUACCAGCUGGGUGUCCGAGCGCUACACCGCCAACAAAGGCAGCCCAAUCCAGGGAACUGCCUUCCCCAACAUUGGAUCACACAUCCCAUCUUAUCAGGGAGAUGGUCGGCCCCAGCUCAAGGAGCAUUACACCCAGCACAUGAUGGAGGCAGCCUUCAAGAAGACCGCUCCACAGAACCUGGCCUUCUAUCUGGCUGCCAUGGGCUCUGCUGCUGGACCUGCUGGCUACACCUCCUGGUCCGCAGGCCCACCCCAGACUGCAGUGCCCGCCAGGCCACAGGCAGCUGGCUGGUCCAUGCCCCCAGGCAUCAGCCAUUACGAAUAUAACCCCAGCGCAUUCAACUCAGCCACUGUUGCCUCUGCAAACAGCGGGCCCGAAAGCUUUGAAAGCAAAGAUGGAGAGCCCAUCAACAACCGCAGCUCCUUAAACACAGCCAUAGUGCAUAACCACAGCCAGUAGGUCACGGUUGAGCUGCUGUGCGUGUAGGCUUUUAUGUAAAUGUUACCCGACAGCCAUGUUUAUAUUUUUCUAUUCAAGUUUCCUGACUAGUUUGUGAUCAAUUGUGGUGCUUUUUGUCAGGCGGGGUGUACAUAUGCUUUGUUCAUACUUCUGUUCAAAAGUAUUUUACCUUUUUAGCUUGAAGUUUUAUUUUUAUAUGCAAUUAUUUAAUGUAUGUUGGUGUGUUCUUUGCUCUUGGUGAUACUAGAUGUGUCCAGGUUGGAUGCAUUCUUGGGAUUACAUGUUUUUUUGGAAGUGUUUAAGACGAAGUGCUGACACAGAUCUGAUGUGCACGCAUUCCAAUGGCUUUUUUCUAUAAAUACAGGUCCACUUUGGUAACUUGAAA